GUCGCGAAUCCCGAUUGGUCAAAGUCCGGAAAGCGGAGAGAGUCCAUCUUUAAAAUCCCUCCCUACAUUUUUUCCACAAGAAGACUUCUCGUUUUCUCGUUCAAUACUUUUCUUCGUGAUCAAACGAACAAACCCCUCUUUUUAAAGUUGUUUUUUUUAUUGCAUCGAUACUGCAAGCAAUUCGUUUGGUGGUCUGUUAAACAGACCUUUUCGCAGGUUCCAGCUUCACACCAGGUGUGGUUUUUGGGUGCUUUGUUUUUGAAUAAUUUUGGUUUGAAUCCGACGGUGAGGAUUUUGAUCGGAAGAGAUGACGAAGGGUGAGGAUCAAGUGCGGUCUCUCUUUGGGAUUUCUCUUUCCGAUCGACCCAGAUGGCAGCAGUUCUUGAUUUGCUCUUCUGGAUUCUUUUUCGGUUAUCUCGUCAAUGGCGUAUGCGAGGAAUACGUAUAUAAUCGGCUUCAAUUCAGCUAUGGAUGGUAUUUUACUUUCGUUCAGGGAUUUGUGUAUUUGGUACUCAUAUCCCUCCAGGGUUUCACCACCAAACAAAUGGUGAAUCCAUGGAAAACAUAUGUGAAACUAUCUGCCGUCCUUGCCGGGUCUCAUGGAUUAACCAAAGGGUCAUUGGCCUUCCUCAACUAUCCUGCACAGAUCAUGUUCAAAUCCACAAAGGUAUUGCCAGUCAUGGUCAUGGGUGCCUUUAUUCCUGGCCUGAGAAGAAAAUACCCGUUUCAUGAAUAUAUUUCUGCUCUGCUUUUGGUUGUUGGUCUAAUCCUUUUCACAUUAGCUGACGCCAAUACAUCUCCAAAUUUUAGCAUUAUUGGUGUCAUAAUGAUUUCUGGUGCUCUGAUUAUGGAUGCAUUUCUGGGUAAUUUACAAGAAGCAAUCUUCACUAUGAAUCCUGAUACAACACAGAUGGAGAUGCUUUUCUGCUCAACGGUUGUUGGCAUGCCUUUCUUACUUUUACCCAUGAUAUUAACAGGAGAGCUGUUCAGGGCCUGGUCUUCUUGUUAUCAACAUCCUUAUGUAUAUGGGGUAUUGGUGUUUGAGGCCAUGGCCACAUUCGUUGGGCAAGUAUCUGUGUUAUCCCUCAUUGCCCUUUUUGGAGCUGCCACCACUGCCAUGAUAACAACUGCAAGAAAGGCAGUGACAUUGCUGCUGUCAUACCUAAUAUUUACAAAGCCAAUGACUGAACAGCACGGUACCGGGCUACUGCUUAUAUCCAUGGGAAUCAUAUUGAAGAUGCUACCUGAUAACAAACCACAAACUAGGAGUGCCUCCACAAGGCGUUUGAAGUCCUUCACUAAAGAAGACAGAAGCCUUGUCGAGAAUGGCGAAGACGAGGAGAAAAAACCCUUAGUAUGAAAAGAUCAAUGAAGCAUAGUCUCUCAGUUUGUUUUCCAGUUUUGUUUUGUCAUUUUUUAUUGGCUUUUCUAAAUUCAUAAGCACAACUGAGGCAUAGAUGAGUAAAGCAGAGGUUUCUGGACCAAGCAUAGAUAGAACUCAUAGAAGCAACAGAAGUAUGUUAUCUAGAUUUGAUGUAAAUUUCUCCUAGGAGAAUAUAAUCCUUCCUAUUCAGUUUUUGGAAAUUCAAUUUGAUUCUAUGAGCAAUUCUUCUUCUUUUGGCAGCC